AUGGGAUGUGGCUUUUCCAAAUAUCGGUACCACACCGCCGCCGCAUCAACAGAAUCACCCCAUCAAAUCAGACAGGAUCGAGCGAUCCACGUAAUCACCGGGGAGGAUGACCCACACCGGCCCUCGCCAAGUGCUGAUCGAGCAGCCAUCGAGGGCAGUCAAGCGGAUAGCAGAAAGAGACGGCAAUUUCUAUACGAAAUGACUGUCCAAGAGUUCAUCCAAGCGUUGUCGACUUCUGAAAGUGCUGACAAAGAAAGACUAGCCCGAUGGUUCAAACUUCUCAAAGAUGGCGACUUCACCUAUUCCUACAACGGAGAUCCCAACGGCUUCCGAUCACUGCUCGCUCGCAUUGGUGCCCCCCCUCGGUUUCGCGCAUUGUGCUGGCGAGCUGUGAUGGGUUGGCGAGAACAACUCAGACCAGGGACUUACGAGAAGCUAUGCACUGGUCUACGUGGCGAUAAGGUGGCCUGGUCCUCCACUUUGGAGCCGACUUCGGGAAAGCUCCUGCAUACACCCCCUUCGAAAUCAGCCCGUCAGAAAGCAGCAACAGAUGAGGGACUAGAUUCACCAUCGAACAAUCGGCAGUCAUCAGAUCAACAGCCUAGCCCGAGUGUGGCCAGUAGUCACACCAGACUUGCUGUAUACCCCUCAAUCGCUGCCGAACUCCAUCGAGAUCUCCGCCGGACCUUCCCUGGAUCUGACUAUUUCAAUAAGGACAGCAACCUGGACGCGCUCGGUCGGGUUAUCUACACCUUCGCAGCAAGUAACUCCUACGUUGGCUACUGUCAAGGAAUGAACUUCGUCAGCGGUAUGUUACUGCAAGUGACUCAUUCAGAGGAUGAUACCUUCUGGCUACUGUGCCUGCUCAUGCACAGACACAAUCUAGCUCCGCUCUUCACCGUUGAUAAGGCACUAUUAUCCUUACUGAAAUACACAUUUACUCGACUUUUAGAAACGCAGCUCCCCCAUCUGAACAAUGAAGCCGAGGGCAUCAUUAUUGAUGUAACAGAUAUGUACGCUACGAAGUGGUUCAUGACACUGUUCGCUUACAGUUUACCUCUCACCACUGUCUUGAGGCUCUGGGAUUACUUAUUCGCGUCUAGUCCGCCACUACCACCGCAUCUCGGCUUCCCGAGGAGUUUGCUGCUACUGUCCCUCGCCAUUAUGUCGCUUUCCUCUAAGAGGUUCCUCAAGGAGAAGACUUUCUCUGGAAUACAUCGGGUUCUCAACGACAUAGGAGGAACCUCGUCCAACUCAGCGGGUGGUCACGACAUCUACGAUGAAUUUCGUGACGCUUUCUCCCCUCCGGCGACUACCAGGAAAAAGAAGCUCCUCCAAGUACACAGGUACACUCUGGGAUCUUCCGGCUGGGGCACUGCCUUGUGUGACAUUUCUCCUCCUGUUCCUCGGGGAGGAGUUGCAACGAGAUCUUCAUUGGUUUAUCGCGGCCUCGAUCCCGAGAUUAUCGUUCGCCAUGCAUUACUGCUAGACGCUAAGAUCCCUCAGAGCACACUGGAAGACCUUCGGAAAGAAUGGGCCGCAGAAUGCCCGAAUUUGGAGGCUAUCAUAAAGCAAGGAGACCAGGCCGCUGAAAAUCAGUCAAUUGCUGAGGUUGUCAAUCUGGACAUCCUGGACAGUCUCUCAUCGCCUAAUGAAAGUGACGAUGUUGCUGGAAAAAGCCCCACGGAGUCACGUGUAUGGGAGCCCGUUCGUGAUGGCCGAGGUUUUGUUAAUUCCGAGCAGCAGUAUACAGCCUUAUUAUCACUAGCAGAUCUCCCUAAGGGAAGACCCCCAGAUGAUCACCCUAGCCCGCUGGAGCCCCAAGAUGCCCAACGACCGUCAGGUUCUCCGCCCUACCUCACCAAGCGCGCGGCUCGGCAGAAGCAUGAACUACAGCUUCCUAUAUCAUUGCUGGAUGAUCAAAUUUUCCGGUCAAAGUCAGUUGAAUCUCAUGCUGAUCGCGGUCGGGCGGCCGACCGAGACUUGCUUGCUGGCUUGGAUCGGUCCCGCAGUGCUGGCCCUACCCUAAGGCAUCGAAGACCCUACCAUAGUAGACUCAAACGAAGCUUCAGUGGAACUGAUUACUCGUAUUGGCGACCUCAUCCACCGGUCUCCUAGACGACAAAGUGAAAUGUCUCAGCACAGUUUACAUACUAUUGCCUCGUUCAUUAUCCAUGACCAUUA